AUUUUUACUAGCAGUUUUGCAAACAAGGCUGUUGCUAAGCGAGCUAACUUUUGACACUUGUUUUUUUUACGUGCAAAUAAACUUUGUAAUACUUUACACAGGACUAAAGAGAAUCCGGAUAAUGGUGAUACACUGCAUGGAUCAUGGCGUCUGUAGAUGGUGUCCCAUCUCCGGAGUCGACGGUCACUUCGUUGAUGGCCAGUUCAGGACGACUGAGAAGCUCUUUGCACCCCGAGCCACUUCACACUAUCAAAUACAAAGACAGGCGUUACGAGUCGGCCUCUGAUGCUCUGGAUGCUUACAUCGCUGAUUUUCAAUCAUCUGUGUCCCCAGUGGGGCAGCUAGAGCUUCCGAAGGAACAGAACACACCUCGCCUGCUGAGCUCAGGAUAUAGAAACCGAGAUGUGCUAAGAGAAAGUCUUACAGACCAAGAGUUGUACUUCUUGAAGCUUCCCACUGCUUCAAAACGCAGGGAAUCGGACCCUAUCAGCAUGACCACCGAUGAUCUGCUGCUACUUCCCGUUGACGGUUCUCUUCCUGUGACCCGCACUUCAGCUUUUCUCUCCCGAUUAGAAAGUUCCAGGCUUGGGAAAAGCACUAACUCGAGUGCCUGGUCUCGAUCCAGGCCUGCUGAAGCCCCAAAUAAGUCAUCAACUUGUUCUUCUGCAUCAAGAACUCUGUGUGUGGACGAUUUACUGAUGGGAAGUUUGAAAUUUAAGCAUGAACCUCUCCACUCCAACUCUUUUAUGUCCACAAAAACAAAGAAACAGCACUCUAUUUCAUCCCAUCACCUUCCAAGAUGGAUGACCAGUUGCAAGUCAGAGAUGGAAUGUUCUGGCUUGACUAGCAUUCCUGAUCUGAAGUACCCAGCCUGGUUGGAUGAAUAUGACGUUGAUGUUAGGGCUCAGUGGGUAAACAAGCUGGAGCAGGACACUGGUGAAAGUCACGAGGAGCUGAAAAAUCAAGAGAACCUCAUAGGUCAAACUGGUGAAAAUGGAGAGCCUUUUAGAGGCGAUAAGAUCGGCUCACUUAUUCAAAGGGCGGAAGAUGUGUUGAAGUCCCCUUCUUUGGGUUUCUACGGUUCAGAUAAAGAGCAGCAUGGCAGUCCAGGAAACACAGAGGAGCUUUUAGAGGCUGAGCGCUCAUGGGACAAUCUUCCAGUCACGUUUAAGUCUCCAGUACCAGUAGGCUGCACUGUGGAGCAAAUAACUGCUGAUGAAUCUCAGAUGCAUAAAAAAGAGAAGUCUUCAGGCUCAUUCUCUUCAGGCUACAGCAGCAGGAAACACCCUGGUCCAGUUGAAGCCCUAAAACAAAUGCUGUUCAACCUCCAGGCUGUGGAGCAGAGAGUAACACAACAAAAGGAUGAAAUACAAAACAUUUCCAGCAGACCUGUCUCAGAUCACCAAAUACAAAUCGAAAACCCUGACAACGAUGAGGUUCCUCAACCAGGUAUUGAAGAUUAUGAUUUAGCUCCUGGUGGACAAUCAUUAAAAAGAGCCCUGCACCACCUUGGAAGGCUGAAAAACCUUGUGGCUGAAAUGAACGAGAGAAUGUCUGUAGAUGGAGUAUAGCACAAAUGUCUUGUGAUUUCCUCAGGGAAUAUCAAACUGACUGUUUCUAUAUGUGGGUCACGUUGAGUCUGAUAUUAUGAUUAUUUAGUUUAUUUAUAUUACUUUAACUGCAGUGCCUUAUGAUGACUUGUCUUUAAUUAACCUCACUAUCUCAUGGAUAGUACUGUAUUUUCGAAACGUCUAAUGUUCUGUCGUUUGCUAUUGAAUUACAAGGCAUCAUCGUGAGUGCAGUGUAUUCUCAUCCAGUAACUGAUGAUAUUUUUAAAAUAUACAGUAAAUAUGGACUAAUGGGUGAGAAUACACUGAGUGAUAGUUAUGAGAAUGACUAAUGAUAAUUAUCAUUGAUAAAUUGUGUUCCAUAGAAUUUGUGUGUGUGUGUGUGGGGGGGGGGGUUAACACUGUUUUUAAAACAGUAGAGAGUUCAUUUAUAUGGGAUCGUAAAAAACAGUAAGCGGAAUAGGAAUUGUAUGCUGUGAAAAUAAAUAAGCAUUUGUUAGUACAACCUACAAUAUCUGUUCUACUUCACUUAGUUUUUAAGGCAUGCUUUUUAAGUAAAGUUACCUAAUUAGAAUUUACAGUGUAUAUCAGAAAUCUACAUUAUUUAUUUAUUCUACACACCUCUUAAGUGAAUAAUAAGUGGACGCUUCAGUCAAAACACUUAAGAGGUUGGUUGUUGAUUUUUUUUUUUUUUUUGACAUUUUAUUUUUAUAGCUAGAUUUACCUAGCUAAUAGCACAUGGAAUUUAAAUAGCACAUAGCACUGUCAGGAAGUGUAAUGACCCUGAAAAAAUAAAACCGUUACACGAUAAAGUUAGAAUUGUGUUCAGAGUAAGAAGACUGUUCUCACAAACACCCUGAGCUCCAGGAACUCCGGUUCCCAGAAUCCCCAGUCCAUAACCAAGUCCCCGCCCUGUUCUCCGUGUUUCAUCCGUUACGUAUUCAUUCACUGUAGCGCUUUUAGUUCAUUUCUACAUCUUGUUUGCCUUCUGGUCUGUUUACAUGUUUAAUUUUUACUUUCAUCCAUUGGUUAUUGUUCUCUGCUUAUUAUAUACCUUUGUGCCUGUUUUCUUACUUUGCUUCCACCUGCUGUUUUUGUCUCAUCUCAUUUUUG